AUGGCUGCCAACGGUACCAACGGCGUCCACCAGGACGAGCCCAACUUCCUCUUCACCUCCGAGUCUGUCGGUGAGGGCCACCCCGACAAGAUUGCCGACCAGGUCUCCGAUGCCAUCCUCGAUGCCUGCUUGGCUCAGGACCCCCUCUCCAAGGUUGCUUGCGAGACCGCCACCAAGACCGGCAUGAUCAUGGUCUUCGGCGAGAUCUCAACCCGCGCCCAGAUUGACUACCAGAAGACCGUCCGUGAUGCCAUCAAGGACAUCGGCUACGAUCACUCUGACAAGGGCUUUGACUACAAGACCUGCAACCUUCUCGUCGCCAUUGAGCAGCAGUCCCCCGAUAUCGCUCAGGGCCUCCACUACGAUGAGGCUCUCGAGAAGCUCGGUGCUGGUGACCAGGGUAUCAUGUUCGGCUAUGCCACUGACGAGACCCCCGAGCUCUUCCCUCUCACUCUCCUCUUCGCCCACAAGCUGAACGCUGCCAUGUCUGCUGCCCGCCGUGACGGCUCUCUGCCAUGGCUCCGCCCUGAUACCAAGACCCAGGUCACCAUUGAGUACAAGAAGGACGGUGGUGCCGUUGUUCCCCAGCGUGUCCACACCGUCGUCGUCUCUGCCCAGCACUCUCCUGAUAUCACCACUGAGCAGCUCCGCAAGGAGAUCAAGGAGAAGAUCAUCAAGGCCACCAUCCCCGCCAAGUACCUUGACGAGAACACCAUCUACCACAUCCAACCCUCUGGUCUCUUCAUCAUCGGUGGUCCCCAGGGUGACGCCGGUCUCACUGGCCGCAAGAUCAUUGUUGACACCUACGGUGGUUGGGGUGCCCACGGUGGUGGUGCCUUCUCCGGCAAGGAUUUCUCCAAGGUCGACAGAUCCGCUGCUUACCUCGCCCGCUGGGUCGCCAAGUCCCUGGUCAACGCCAAGCUGGCUCGUCGUGCCCUCGUCCAGUUCUCCUACGCCAUUGGUGUUGCUGAGCCACUCUCCAUCAACGUUGACACCUACGGUACCUCUGAAAAGAGCUCUGCCGAGCUGGUCGAGAUCAUCAACAAGAACUUCGACCUCCGCCCCGGUGUUAUUGUCCGUGAGCUGAACCUGGACCGCCCCAUCUACCUCCAGACCGCCAAGAACGGUCACUUCGGUACCAACCAGAGCUUCACUUGGGAACAGCCCAAGGAGCUCAAGUUCUAA